CCAAAGCCUUUGAUGACUUCGCCGCUGAGCUUCAGCGGGAAGGGCGAUUGGGGGGUGUCUAGGCCUGCGAUCGGAUCGCGGGGUCCUGAUGGUGGAGGCAUGGUGGGCCGUGGGGCUUGACUGAGCGUUGGUGUCGAGGGAGGAGGAACGAUGGAUGUGUAUAGCUUCUUUGGUGUUGAGUAUCGUCAGAGAGCUGGUGGGGCAUCCGAUCCGUCGGCAGCGAUCCCACGGCCCGAGCGCCUGGCGCGAGAGUCAUCGAACUGGCCUGUUGGGCUACUCCCUUCCAGCCCUCCUAUUAACUUCCCAUGCUAACCUUCGCGUUCCUCUUAGAUUAGCUUUUAUAGCUAUAUAUGUAGUACGUUCUUUAUACCUCUGCGGGGCUGCUGCGGAAAUGCCGUCCAGCACGAAAACGGCUGAACCGGUCGUAUUCUGUAGAAUCUAGUAUGCAUCAACAUCUUCGCUUCAUGCUCCUUCAAUUAUCUCUUCCUCAUCACACUCCUUCGAUCGAGUCCGAGACUGCCUGCGCGCCUCUCCCAGCCCAUCACUCAUUGCAUCGCCACUCGGCCG